CAAACCCCCAGAACGGUAUCAGUGCCACGGUGAUAUUCAGUUGAUAAAGUUGAUUGUGAUAUUCGGGGGUGUUAGGUUUGGAUUGUUGGCAAAAUGUUUAAGGUUGUCGCAGUUGUUGUGACCAUGGGCUCGAUGGCAGCGGCCUAUGUGACUGGAGCUGGCUUCGGAAUCGGUAACAAGCAUGGCUAUUAUGGCAACGGAUUAGGUUCUGGAGAAGGAUACGAUAAUGCCGGUUAUGGAGCUGCAGGGUAUGGUGGAGCAGGAGGAUAUGGUGGUGCCGGAUAUGGAGCUGAUAAAUACGGAGGAUAUGAUGAUCACAAAGAUUAUUAUGCAUACCCUAAGUACAAUUUUAAUUAUGGAGUGCAAGACUCACACACCGGAGAUCACAAGAGCCAGUGGGAAGUCCGCGAUGGAGAUGUUGUGAAGGGGGGAUACACCGUGUACGAGCCCGAUGGCACCAAGCGAGUUGUGGAGUACACUUCCGAUAAACACAACGGAUUCAACGCCGUGGUGAAGAAAAUUGGCCAGGCGCAUCAUCCUCAAAUUUACGGAACGGCCGAUGGAGUUGUUUCAGGAGGAGCCGCCGGCUACGAGGGAGGCGUCUCUGCUGGCCACUACGAUGAUGGCUACAGCUACAAUCAUGCCCACUAAAAGUUACCCACCGAAAACCGCCUGAAAGUGGACUGAGAUUUACACUUACCCUCAUACUAUGUACCUUACCCGAUUGAAACCCAACCGUAUUUAUUGUACCAUAAUUUAAGCUCGAGAUUAUACCAGUGGAGGUUGCGUGUUUAUUGCACGUGGCCUCUCCAAAAGCGCCAAGUGACUGAAGUUGUGUGAAAGAUUGUGUACAACGAACUAGAAUAAGCCCGAAUGUAUAUACCUAAACGACAAAUAAAGCUUCCGAGACGAAUAAUCCAACUUAUAAAAACUUGUUUUUUCGCUUUUUAGCAGAAGAAAUUUUAUGAAUCAAUUCAAAGUUAACAUAAUUCAAAAUUAAGAAUUCUGAUAUUGAUUUUAAGGUACAGAAUG